AUGAAGGUUUUGACGAACAUCAGCGCGUUGCUGGCCUUUGGGCUGGGUCCUUCGCAAGUUACUGCGAAGCACUACAACCCUGUCAAGCUUGAUGGAUACGGCACUUUUUCAGGCACGGUCAUCAACAGCACUUACUCCAAACAGGUCCUCCCAGCACCAGUCGACGCCUGGCUCGGUAUCAACUACGCGGCACCACCCACUGGAAACAAGCGAUUCUCCCCAGUAGAUGCACCUGCUAAAUUCCGAGGAGUUAAGACCGCCGACACCUACGGAAAGGCGUGUAUCCAAGAUGCUUCUUCCCGGACUCCCCUUGACACUCAAGACGAAGACUGCCUCAGCUUCAACGUCUAUCGAACAAAGGGCGUACCCUUGAGCAAGAAACUCCCCGUCCUCGUGUGGAUCCACGGAGGUUCAUUCUGUGUCGGCAGCUGGGCAAGUUUCGAUGCCGCCGCAUUCGUGGCUUCAUCCAAAGAACCCAUUGUUGUCGUCAACUUCCACUACCGUCUCAACUCUCUUGGUUUCCUGCCCUCUGAGCUUUUUGAGGAUGAAGGUCUGCUGAACCUUGGAAUCCGAGAUCAAAACUAUUUUCUGCAGUUUGUGCAGAAGCACAUUGGCUCUUUUGGAGGUGAUCGCAAGUCUGUUACUAUUGGCGGUCGAUCUGCUGGUGGCCACUCUGUGGGAAUCCACUACUUCCACAACUACGGCAAAGACACCAAGCCCUUGUUCGCCCGGGCGAUUCAUCAGUCUGGCUCUGUCACCUCAAGAGCCUUUCCCAACGCGAGCUAUCCCCUCUACAAGCGUCAAUACGCCGAGUAUCUGUCUUUCCUCGGAUGCGACAAGGCCAAGACAAACAAGGCCACCCUCAAAUGUCUUCGAAAGGCAGACAUAAACGACAUUCGAAACAUUAGCACCAAGAUUUACAACGACUACGACCCUGUCCUGACUUGGCCUUUCCAGCCUGUCCAUGGAGGACCUUUGUUCGAGAAGCCCGGUUCACAAUCGGGUUACGACGGCGCCUUCUUCCAUGUCCCGACCAUUUCAUCGACUACCACUGACGAGGGAAAGUUUUACACGCCCGGUGACUUGGAGACUAACCAGGAGUUUCUGGAUUAUCUGCACAACAUCUCGCCAGCUCUGACAGAGGAAGACUUGGCCGAUAUCGCUUCUCUAUACCCCGAUCCAGCAUCAGACCCAACUUCACCAUUCGCAAACUCGCCAAACAGCACCCAGUACAACCGUAUUUCCGCUGCCUGGAGCGACUACGCCUACAUUUGCCCCGGCCAAGAAACCACCUAUCGAACAUCCACAGCUGGCGUACCAACCUGGAAGGUUCGUUUCAACACGAGGAACAAGGUUCCAGACUGGCAGGGUAUCCCACACACAUCUGACACGGCAUAUACCUGGAACGAACCCACUACUGAGUUCCCUGAGAUCAGCCACAUUUACCAUGCAUACCUGGCCAGCUUUGUGGCAUCGGGAGAUCCCAAUCGUCAUAGGUACCCCGGUAGCCCGAAGUGGCCGUCAUAUCAAGGUGGGGAUGAGUCGCCGCAGCAGCUCGUUGUGCAGCCCCAGAACACGAAGGUUGAGGAGGACUCGAUUCGAAAGGAGGCUUGUUUGUUCUGGAGAGAUCCCGAAAGGGCCCCUCGGCUGAACAAGUAG